AUGGAUGCAUAUCCUAUUAAAAUGGGCUGCAUGCAGCCAACAGAUAGUGGGUUUCAAGGCUGGAAUGAAGUGCAGCCUGAAUAUUUUGAAGAAAUGGAGGUUGAAUGCGAGAAGCCAAAUAUAAGAGUUCCAGAUAAUUAUUCAAUCACUGAAAUAUUCAAUUUGUUUUUUACAAGUGAAGUGCUCCAGGAUAUUGUAUCAUAUACAAACCAAACAUUUGAAAGCAAAAGAAGUCGUGGAAAACUUAAGGAAAGAGAUGAAUAUUGGCAUGAAUUGAGUGAAAUUGAAUUGCUCAAAUAUAUAAUUAUUAUAAUGACUGCUUAUUAUAACUAA